AUGGAAUGAGGCAGAGUUACAACCGGACGGACGUCAUACCUGUAUAGUCAGUAUGAAGUAGAAAGUCCUACAUCGAGCAGAUAAGUUUACACAAAUGUCGUCUGCUAGUGAAUCACGUGACUCUCAAUCCUCGGGCACAGCGCCAAAAAUUGUUCCAUUAGGAUAUUCGGCCCGGGUGCUGUACACGUUCCUCCCACAUGAGAACGAACAGACGGAAAUAUUCGUCUCUGAAGGUGAAACUGUCCAACUGGAAUACGAGGUGGGUACAUGGGUGUUCGUAACAUCGGCGGAGGGUGAAUCUGGCUACAUUCCUGCGGACUUCUGUGUACCUUUAACUGGUGAAAAUAGCCACUCUACCGAGAAUACUACGUCAGGAUCGCUCACUACAGUGGAGCCAUUGAGCUCUAUUGGCAAGCAUGAAACCAUAAAGGACACCUUGAUUGGUGUUUCACAAACACCAGAAGACAAACCGGAUGUGUAUUCGGUAGAGGAUAAGAUAUCAGGUGAUUCAUCUGUAGGGAUUAUAGAACACGGGAGUAACAUUUAUACAAAAUUCGGUCAGUUAAACAAAGUUCCAAAGGAGAUUUAUAUUCCACGGGAGUCGAUAAAACGCUCAAGCAGUGUGAAUGUUUCAGACCCUAGUGCUGAAGCCGAAAGUGUUAAUGGUGAAACGGUAGUAGCGACCUGUGAUAUAUGUGGAAGCUACAUCACUCGACUUCCCUCACAAGUUCAGGGUUUUCUCAAACUCAAAAGGGCUAAAGCCGAUUUCCAAUCACGUAAGCUACUUAGUGAAACACCAGCAUAUUCAAUACAAGGAUUACUAUCGCACUUAAACACAGAUCCUUCUGUCAGCCGUGAACAAGCUUAUAGUAAAGGAAUUAACCAAAUUGAAUUGGCAGAAAAAUAUGAACCAGCACAAAAUAUACUUGAAAAUCUACGUACAAAUUGUGAACAGUGCAAUACUCUGAAAAAUUAUUUACAACUUCAAGGGGAAAGUUCAAUGUCAACCGUUUAUACGAAUAAUCGGGAUCUGAAACUGGACGCGGCCAGUGACUCGGAUUCUGAAGGAAGUGCAGAACGGAAGGAUGACGUAAAUGCACAUGAGACCCCCAAUAGGGUAGGUGCGCUUAUGGAAAAUGAACAUGAGGAACAUAGUGAUGGACAGAUUGAGAGUGAUGACAAUGAUUCACCACCACCACUUCCAAACUCCUCUCCUCCUCCAUUGAUUGAUCUCACGACGACCAGUGCUGAUAUGGAGAAGCCCGACAAGGUCGAGGCGGAAGUUGUACUGGGCAGACAGACGAUCAUUAUAAACAGGUCGCCGGGGACGAGAACUCUCCCCGCCCUCCCUAAAUAUGACAGUAAGAUGGCCUGGAACGACAAACCUCUGACCACGCCCUAUGACCAAGUGUUCAAUGCAAAUCAAACGUUCUUUGAUCCUCUUCUUCAGCAUAUGGGGAAUCCGGAUGAGGAUUUCAUGCGACAAGGUAGUAGGACUACUAGUGGGUUUGCUAGUUCAGAAGGCAGUGUAGAGAGCUCGGAACCUGACAAAUUCCUUGGGGCUGACGGAAAGCUGUACGAUAGUGAAAGUGACCUAUGUGUUAAACGCGUUUCAGAAAGUUCUUAUCCGUCCUCUGAGGAAGGAGCCAGACCUCUUAGUGGUUUGAGUGACCUAGCGUCUCCAACUGCGAUAUCCCCUGAUGGGAACAAUGUGGACCUUUUAGGGGGGUUUAGUAAUUCUUCCAUGAGUGAUCAAGACAUACUAGUGCCUUCUGUAAAACUAUCGAAUGACGAUGUGUCUGAACGGACGCUUUACACUAGCUCAUCUUUGGACGAACAUAUGAUUUCAGCAAGCCGGAAUGUAACGAGUGCUAACGAUGCCGUAAUAACAACGCUAGAACCCGACAGAAACAGCAAUGGUGCUAAGUCUGAAAAUUCUCAUAGCAGCAAAACGUUACCGGCCACACCAAAACAUUUCGACUUCAGGGCGAACCUAAUGGUGUUGGGAAAUCGCCCCAAGAUACCAGCAUUACCAAAUAAGCUGAUGGUUUCUCCAGCUCUUCGGACGCGGCAACACACUACCACGGCCAUGGUCAGUUCUGUGAAUAAUAACAAACGUGAAGAAGAACCUAGAACGAAGAUCCGUCCCUCUAUCAUCACUAUUGCCCCUCCUAUGGGUGACAGAAUGGUAGUGGCGAGACGACAACAACCUGCCACGCCUGUACGGACCAAUGCAGACCGACAGGACGAAAAAGACAUUAAAAAGACUCUUCAUGAACAUUCUAUGUCUCCGAGACGAACUAGUCAAAUGCCUAUGCGUGCACAUCAUUCUAUUCAUGCCGAGGCUGGUAAAGAUUCUCGGCCAACAGGCAGGACUAUUCUUGUGAAAAAACACAACAAUCAAAUAUGGCGCCCACCAACAGGAUCGCCAGAAGGGAGUGAAACACCAAGACCCUUCUCACCGUUUGGGGGGACGCUGCCACCCUCCAAAAUCGGGUCAAAGAAAAAGGUUGUGGAAGUGUUUGUAUGAAUAUCGCAGAAUUGGUCAUCCUGGCAGUGUUUUUUGUUAUAACGAACCUGCAUUGACCAUUGGUGAUAAUGGUCGAGAUCAUUUACAUGUUUCCUGCUUGUGUUUGGAAAUAUGAAUGAAGAUGCCAAUAUUUUACAUUUAGACAGUAUAAAUUGUAAAGUUUCGAGCGUGCAUAAAUUAUUUUAUGACUUCGAGCUGAUUAAACAUCGACGUUUUCUAUGCUUGAAAUGAUGAUAAUGGUUAGUUACGAUAGUCAGCUUGCUAUAAGGUGCACAUGUUAAUUAGUAUCACUCCUGUUAUUCAAUGAUUAUAUUUAUGUAUCUUUAAAUUUAAUAAUUACAUUUAUUUUAAAAUGUUCCGUUAGACCCGCCUCAUUGUUAAUAUCCAUGUUAUUUCAACGGUUUUCACUAGGGUUGUAUUGGGGAUUGACAAAGUUUGCAGACAGUAUACAGAAUGAUACUAUUACUUUAGCUUACUUGUGGACAGCCUUACGUACAUGUUUGUAUACAAUGAUAUGAUGCACAGCAUCAACCUUUAAUUAUGUGUUCCUAAUAUAAAGAGGUAAAGAACGACAAAAGUUCAUCUUAGUUUACUGAUUCAAUAAAGUACUCGAGCAUGUCUAGAAGAGAAAGUCAUGUACUGGACUAAUUUAAUUUGAAAUUUCACAACAAUUCGUUGCGGCAAAAUUGAUAAAAAAUAAAAUGAAAGCACAAAUGAGAUCCAUUUCUUUUACGUUUUAAUUUAAAGCUAUUUACAAACAGUAAAUUUUGUAUUUAUCUUAUUGAAGAUAGUGAAUUUUAUAUUUUAUCUCGUUCUGUGAACAUUCCCAUAUACCUUACUGCUGCAGUUAACAUAGAGAUACACAAGGAACAGAAUUAAGCGAUGUUAUUUCAGGAUAGGGCUUAGCAGUAUACGUUUUUAACGUAGGAUACUACAACUUAAACAUAAAUAUAAAAUAAUGAUACCUUUGAUAUACAUUACUGUGAUAGUGAAUUAACAAGUUCCUUGUGAAAUCCGGACCAAAUUUUCACGUUUUGACUGUGAUAACCAUACUUUGGCAAAAUUAUAGAAAUGUAUAUAUAGAUAUAUAGUGUUAAACUGAAGGCCAAGUAUAUUAUGUUGAUAAUCAUACAGCUAAUUAGUAUGAAAAGUGUUACAUUUUGGAUUUGUUAUAUUCAAAUAUUUAUAUAUUUAUUUGUACAUACAUAUAUAUUUAUUUGAAAUUGGCUAUAUCAGUAUAGCUUGUCAAGAUGUGAUGAUAUUAUUAUUAUUACCCUUCCUCGGGCAAUAAAACAAAUCAUU